GCCUAGUUAGUCUCCUUCUGGGUUCAAAGUUUGUGAAGAAGUUCUUUUGCAGACAGAUAACAUUUAUUUUGCUUUCCAGAGAGAGACACAUGCUGUUUCAUAAGGAUACGCCUGAUUUCCAGAAAUAACCAUGUUUUUGUGGCUUAAACUCUUAGCAUUUGGUGUUGCAUUUCUGGGACAGGAUGCUUUUCUCAAAGGGCAGGAGACAUCAACAACUGGACCUGGUGCCAGCCCCGCAAACAGCACGCACUUCUCCGCGCGGGGGCAGCCCGAGCCCGGCCCCGGCACGGCGCCGAGCAGCACAGCACGCACCGGCAGCUCUGCUGCCCCCACCGCACCCACUUCUCCUGCCGCCGGGAACGCUGCCCCAGAUGAUUACAAUUCAACAUCCUUGCACAGCACCACCUCAUCAGUCACCAUGCCAACAAGCACUGGGAUCAGCCCCAUUCUCAACUCCACUCACACAAUAGAAAAUACCACGGUGAUACCUGAAGCAGAUUGUGGUAUUUUUGGAGACAUAAAAGACAGUACAGACAACUCUGAUAUGGCUGUAGUUUCACUGAAUUUUCCUGCAGAAGGCGACAGAGAAUAUGUUAUUUUGGGGGCCAACACAAACAUAACUGUGAGUUCCGUAAACAGUUCAGUAGAGCUUCCAAAAUGCCAGGUGUACACUGUUGAAGUUAAAACUGGCAAGUGUUCAGAAAAGACUUCUUUUCAAAUUCCAAAAGAUGUCAAUAAACCUUUUCAAGUCAAGGACAUAACCAACACAUCUGCCAAGUUCUGCUGGAGUCGCUCACUUACCUGUGCUGAUGUGACUGUUGCCUGCAAUGGAACAUUUAUAAAUUAUUCUAAAAAACCUGAAAAUUUAACUUGUGGAGUGCUGGAAGGUUUAUUACCACACCGUCAGUACUACUGCACUGCAUACAUGUCUUUUAAUGGAAGGAAAGUUACCAGCCAAAGCUUUGACAUAGAAACAGACUAUGGUGUUCCAGAAGCACCAGAAACCCUUAAAGAAAUACAUAAAAAUACCACAAGUGUAACAGUUGAAUGGACAAAACCUGAUGACAUUUCAAAGGGUCCCAUAGAUGGCUACUUUGUGCAUUUUAUUGUGGGAGGCAAAAGUGUUUGUCGGGCAAAUAUCAGCACAACUUUCUAUACUUGUAGUAGAUUUGAUCCUUAUACCAAAGGUUCUGUAUAUGUGACUUCAUAUACAAUCAACAAACGCUAUUAUACACUUACAAGUACAAAUGCAACCUAUACAUUUACAACAGAAGAAGGAGUACCAGAACAAGUGGAGAAUGUUAAAAUAGCAUUGACAGCUGAUAACGCUGUCCAGAUUACGUGCAGAAAACAGAAAGAGUUUGGACCAUAUGCAAUAUUUUAUUUGAUUUGGGAGAAUGACAAAACUGAAGAAAAAGACAAAUGUGAAUUUAAAAGAGAAAAUCUCUUGUACUUGACAAACUAUGAAUUUAAGAUCUUCGUGUCUAAUGGAAAACAUAAUGGGACAGCUGUAGUGAAGAGUAUAAAAACCAGAUAUAAUUCUAGAGCCUUGAUUAUAUUCUUGGCAUUCUUGAUCAUUGUGACUGUAAUUGCUUUACUACUGGUUCUGUACAAAAUCUAUGAUCUUCACAAAAAAAAGCUGAGCAAUUCUUCUGAAGGUGUGAGCCUUGUUGCAGUUAAAGAUGAUGACAAGCAACUUCUCAACAUAGACCCAAUACCCUCAGAGCUAUUGCUGGACACAUACAAGAGGAAGAUUGCAGAUGAAGGAAGGCUCUUCUUGGAAGAAUUUCAGAGUAUUCCUAGAGUUUUCAGUAAAUUUUCUAUAAAGGAGGCCAAAAAGAGCCAUAAUCAGAACAAAAACCGUUACAUUGAUAUUCUUCCAUAUGACCAUAACCGUGUUGAGCUCUCAGAGAUGCCAGGAGAUCCAGGAUCAGACUAUAUCAAUGCAAGUUAUAUUGAUGGCUUCAAAGAACCAAGAAAGUACAUUGCUGCACAAGGCCCCAAGGAUGAAACCACAGAUGAUUUCUGGAGGAUGAUCUGGGAACAGAAAGCCACAAUUAUUGUCAUGGUGACUCGCUGUGAGGAAGGAAAGAGGAACAAAUGUGCCCAGUACUGGCCAUCAAUGGAGAAUGGAACUGCAACGUAUGGAGACAUCAUUGUGAAGAUCCAUGAAAGUAAAACAUGUCCAGACUAUGUUAUUCAGAAACUGCACAUCACAAAUGGAAGAGAAAGGACAGUUGGAAGAGAUGUCACUCAUAUCCAAUUCACAAGCUGGCCAGACCAUGGAGUCCCUGAGGAUCCACAUCUCCUUCUUAAGCUCCGACGCAGAGUUAAUGCUCUCAGCAACUUUUUUAGUGGUCCGAUUGUGGUUCAUUGCAGUGCUGGCGUCGGGCGCACUGGGACGUACAUAGGGAUCGAUGCCAUGCUGGAGGGGCUGGACGCGGAAGGCAGGGUGGAUGUUUAUGGCUACAUCGUGAAACUGCGGCGCCAGCGGUGCCUCAUGGUCCAAGUAGAGUCGCAGUACAUCCUUAUUCAUCAAGCACUGGUGGAAUACAAUCAGUAUGGAGAAACAGAGAUCAGUCUCUCAGAACUGCAUUCCUCCCUUAACAAUCUGAAAAGAAAAGACCACCCGAGUGAGCCUUCUCUGCUGGAGGCAGAGUUCCAGCGAUUGCCUUCCUAUAAGGGGUGGCGGACACAGAACACUGGGAAUCGUGAGGAAAAUAAAAGCAAAAAUAGGAAUGCCAACAUGAUUCCUUAUGACUUUAACCGAGUGCCCAUCAGGCACGAAGAGGAUUGCAGUAAGGAGGGUGAGCACGAUUCCGAUGAGUCCUCGGAUGAGGACAGCGACUGUGAGGAAUCCAGCAAAUACAUCAAUGCUUCCUUCAUAACUGGUUACUGGGGUCCAAAAGCCAUGAUUGCAACACAGGGACCACUGCAGGAAACAAUCUCUGACUUCUGGCAAAUGGUGUUCCAGAGAAAAGUCAAAGUUGUUGUUAUGCUGACAGAGCUGAAGGAAGGAGAUCAGGAACUCUGUGCACAGUACUGGGGAGAAGGAAAGCAAACGUAUGAUGGCAUAGAAGUUCAAAUGGCAGAUGUCAACUCUGGUCCUAGCUAUACCAUACGUGCAUUUGAUAUUGCACAUCUGAAGACAAAAGAAACUCAGAAGGUGUAUCAGUAUCAGUACCAUAAGUGGAGUGGCUGUGAUGUUCCAGAAGUCCCCAAAGAUUUAGUCAGCAUGAUUCUCAACAUUAAACAGAAACUUCCAGCCAGACUAGUCUCUGAGGACAACAGGAGAACCCGCAGUGUCCCACUCCUUGUCCACUGCUGUGAUGGAUCACAGCAGACUGGUGUAUUUUGUGCUUUAAUGACCCUUUUGGAAAGUGCAGAAAUAGAAGAAGUAAUAGAUGUUUUCCAAGUAGUAAAAUCUCUUCGUCGCACCAGGCUGGGAAUGGUCUCCACCUUUGAACAAUACCAAUUUCUGUAUGACACCAUUGCCAGUACUUACCCUGCACAGAAUGGACAAAUAAAGAAGAACAGCCAGCAGGAAGAUAAAGUUGAAUUUUGCAGUGAAGUAGGAAAAUCAGAUCAGGAAACUGAUUUGAUCACAACUGAUCUUGCCCCACCACAGCCGGGGGAAAUUGAGCCACCUGAAAUAUGUGAUGAUUCUAAGGCUGCAGAUGGCACUAAGGAAACAGAAAGCUCUACAAAUGGCCCCACAACUGCAGUUCUAACUUAGAGCUAGACUUAAAAAACAAGCUUUUUCACAUGCAAAGAAUCUUAAGCAAAAUGAGAGGUAUAAGGUUUUUCCCUCUUCCUACUUUUUUUUUUUUUUUUUUAAUAUUUAGUUAUUUUGGUUUUUGAAAGGUACAAAUUUAAAGGAAUACUUGAAACUUGUAGAGAGUGACAAAGAACUGUGGAAUUUUAAUUUUUGUGUAGAUUUGCAUUUAAUACUUCUUCAGAAACCUUCACUAUUUUUAUACUUUUCCUUUUAGAAAACAUGUACAGUGUAAUACUAUGCUGAACAGUGCAAAGCAAUUUUUUUUAUUUCUGUAACAAGGAAAAAAGCAACUCAGAACAAGAUUAUUGAGUUGUAAGAACAGGUCUGUCCUCAAAACUACUAGCAAGUAAGUGAACCUAUUGGUAAGCAUAUAUAUUCUAGUAUUUCAGGACUAAUGAGAGCAUUAAUAAUACUCUUGGGACUUGGGAGACUUUGCCACAUAGUUUUAAGAGAUUAAGAAUUACAUGAUGUGGCAAUUCCAAGGAAUUCAGGCUUACAAAGGGUUUGUGAAUCCUCCCAUAUCAAUGCAGAAUAUAAAUUUUUGCAUUUUUCUAACUGUCCUCAAGGUGUCCUUAUUGCUCCAUAUAUAUUAAUCUGAUACUCCUAUAGGAGUUUGGAGAUCAGCAUUUGAAUCUUUGCAACAGUUCUGGUGGAAAACACAUACUGUUUACUCUUAGAGCUUAAAAUACUGACUGCUUGCACAUCUAUUUCUUAUGCUUACUUUUAUUUAAAUGACAACUUCCAUGAAUGCCUCCAACGCCUUUUCAGAAAUGGAAAAUACUUUGAUAAUUUUCUUCAAAACUUGUAGAUUUUUAUUGAUACAGGGAUUUUUUUUUUCAUAAUGAUGUAUGUUACAAUUUUGAUUUAUUUUUUCUUUUUCUUGCUGGAUUUUAGCCUAUUGUUUUCAGAACAAAUAAAAAAGGUAAUUAAUAGUUGACAAAAUGAUUUUAUUCUCUAGUAAUAUGAAAACUGGUCAUGUAUUUCUAAAUGUAUAAAAUCUUGUGUUGUCCCAUGCAUGGAUAAAAUUUACAGAUGUCAGCAGGAAAACACAUUAUUUAAUUCUUCUAAAACUCUGUGUCUACCCAGGUAAGUGUCAUAACUCUCUCAGAAAAGAGGAAAGAGACUUUGUUUUAUUUGGCUUAAAGCUGUCAAAGGAGCAGUCACACAACAGAUUCAGUGCUCCAAGUUUAUCACUGAUUAUUUCGAGUUUCUCAUUACAAAACAUAAUUGAAAACACUUAGAGUGCUGUCUAAACAACAUGUACAGUCACACUUGGUUAAAACCCUAAUUUAAUUGUGCUAUUAGCCUAGAUCAAAUCUAUCAUUUGCAAUUAUCAGCUCAAACAAGUGCUUGCUGGCAGACUUCCUUCAGAAAGUGGCAGCAAGCAGACACAGAGCAGGGGGACUCCCUUUGGCUGCCAGUUGACCUCCCUUUUCAGCAAGGAGUUGUGUUAGGUGACAAGCUAACAAAGCUGAAGGGGUCAUGUGUAGAGGGAAAGCUCUAGGGACUACGUGGGAAGAUAAUUGAAAAGAUAUUGUAGGCCCAAAAUCUGCUGGCUAGUUUUAGAGGAACUAAAAAUUUCAAAUUUAGCAUAUGUUGUAGAUCAAAAGUAUAAAGAUUCUUGGAUGAAGAUUAAUUAUCUGGUGUUCAUGGCAUGUCAGAGAACAAUUAAUUUAUUUUCCUUUGUUUAAGAUUUGCCAACUGUAAAGCCUCUCUUUCAGGUAGCAAAACAAAGAGGUGAGUGCUGCUGUCUCAUGUAAGGCUAUGGAGACAGAGACUAGUCACACUUUGAGAAAUAACUGAAAGUGUUUCCCAAAUCAAAAAUUACACCAAACUUCUCUUGUUUUAAAUCUUAGGGCAAUCAUAUACUUCAAUUCCUUGAAAAAAGGUUCCUAUGGUUUUUAAGCACCUGCAGCACCUAGGCUGUAAAAACCUUCUGAGAUUUUGAUUUCUUCAAUUAUUUUCUAGAAUGAUUUCAAUGUUCUUUUGCUGGUAUUUUUUAAAGGAGCAGAAUAUUAAGUUAACUCUUGAUUUGUGCAUGUACUUUGAAAGAGAAGUCCUUAACUCUGUUAAAUUUUCCUUCAUGCAUGUCUUCAUUAUUAGAGAAAGGGAGAUUUACACUGAAACUGCCCUCAUGUGCCUAGUGUGAACCACUUUUGCAGUAAAGUUCCUUACAGUCACAAAGAGGUAAACUUAGCUUUUGGCUUUUAAUUAUUUUA